ACCAGGAGAACCUUUGGGGAAAGGUCUCUUUACAGGAUCCAAUUUGGGUCAGUCACCGGGACCAGAGGUUUAACCUUCUGAGCUUUUGGACUCUUACUAGAGCCCAUCCUCCAGCCUAUCUUCCAACUUUUUGCCCAAGUUCUGCUUGUUGGAGUUUCCUCUGAUAGAAAGCCCGGAAAGUGAGCAGUCUUUGGAAACUAUGCAGAGGGGGGAAGACUUUGGCCAAAGGUCCCCUGAGAGGAAUCAGGGGAGACUCUCUAAGUGCUCCGAGUGUGGGAAAUCCUUUGCUCACCGGUCCCUCCUUUUGAUCCACCGGAAGCUGCACACGGGGAGUAGAUCCCACCUGUGUUUUCUUUGUGGAAGCUCCUUUCCUGGAGUCUGGAGCUUUGCCAAACAUCUCCGGAGCCAUCCUGGAGUGAAGCCUUACAAAUGCGGAGGGUGCAGGGAGCGUUUUGCUAAAGGCUCGGACCUUGGAGCCCAUCAGCGAAUCCACCAGGGAAGAAAGAGAUCUCAGGAAUCCUCGAGGCGCUGGGGAAGAUUUCCUGGGAGACGGCGUCUUUCUCAGCCUCCCAACAGCCCGACUGAAGAGAAGCCCUGCAAGUGUGAGCAAUGUGGGCUCUGCUUUCCUCAAGCCUCACAGCUGCUUAAACAUCAGCAAAUCCACACCAGAGAGAAACCUUAUCAAUGUCUGGAGUGUGGGAAAUCUUUCCGUAAUAAACAAUUGUUUGGAAAACAUGAGAAAAUUCACACAGGAAAGAGUCCUUAUAUAUGCUUAGAGUGUGGAAAAUGUUUCACUCGAAGCUCAUCUCUUUGCCAACAUAAGAAAAUGCACAAAAAGGAGGAAAGCAAAAUGUGCCCAGAAUGUGGGAAAUGUUUUUCCAGGAAAACAUACUUGCUGCGACAUCAGAGAAUUCACACCAGAGAAAAACCCUAUCGGUGCCCAGAAUGUGGGAGAUGUUUUGGUGAAAAGUCAACCCUAAUUCGACAUCAGAGACUUCAUACUGGGGACAGACCCUAUCAGUGUCCAAAAUGUGAGAAAAGAUUUGUGGAUUCUUCUGAACUUCGGAGACAUCAAAGGACACACAUGGGAGAAAAACUAUAUAAAUGUAAGAUACACCUAAUUCGACACAGAAUUCACACUGGGGAAAGACCCUUUCAGUGCCCAGAAUGUGGGAGAGGUUUUGGCUACAAGUCAUGUCUAAUUCGACAUCAGAGACUUCACACUGGGGAAAGACCCUUUCAGUGCCCAGAAUGUGGGAGAGGUUUCGUCACAAAGUCAACCCUAAAUCGACAUCAGAGACUUCACACUGGGGACAGACCUUUUCAGUGCCCAGAAUGUGAGAAAAGAUUUGUGGAUUCUUCUGAACUUCGGAGGCACCAAAGGAGGCACAGGGGAGAAAAUGUGUAUGAAUGUAAGUCACACACUGGGGAAACACCCCAUCACUGCCCAGAGUGCGGCAGAGGUUUUGGCUACAAGUCAAACCUAAUUCAACACCAGAGACUUCACACUGGAGAAAGACCCCAUGAAUGCCCAGAAUGUGGGAGAUGUUUUGGCCAAAAAUCAACACUAAUUCGACAUCAGAGAAUUCAUACUGGGGACAGACCCUUCAAAUGCCCAGAAUGUGAGAAAACAUUUGUGGAUUCUUCUCAACUUCGGAGACACCAGAGGACACACUGGGGAGAAAAACUCUAUAAAUGUAAGGAUUGUGAUAAAUGUUUUUCUCUAAAGGAAAGUCUUUUUCAACAUCAGAGUAUCCAUACAGGGGUGAAGCCCUAUCAGUGCAUUGAGUGUGGAAGAUUUUUCCGUACAAUACAAAUGCUCAGAAAUCAUGAGAAUGUUCACAGAGGAGAAAAAAAAUUCAAAUGUUUAGACUGUGGGAGAACAUUUGGUUAUUUAUCAUCCCUUAGAAUUCACUGCCAAACCCAUACGGGUGAGAAACACCACAAAUGCUCAGUGUGUGAGAAAUCUUUUACCCGGAAAGAUACACUUUUGAUGCAUCAGAGAAGCCACUUAGAGAAGCAAUAUAAAUGUCCAGAGUGUGAGAAAACUUUUACCUGGAAAGGUACACUUGUGAUGCAUCAGAGAACACACUUAGAGAAGCAAUAUAAAUGUCCAGAGUGUGAGAAAACUUUUCGUUGCAAAUAUUAUCUUAGAAAACAUGAGAGGCGUCACAAAGGAGAGCAUGUGCAGAAAAAUGAAAAGUGUCCAGAAUGUGGGAAGUGUUUUGAUCAAAAGUCAAACCUAAUUCGACAUCAGAGAAUUCACACUGGAGAAAGACCCCAUCAGUGCCCUGAAUGUGGGAAAUGUUUUGGCUACAAAGAAAGUCUACUUCGACAUCAGAAACUUCACACUGGAGAGAGACCCUAUCAAUGCCCAGAAUGUCAGAAAACAUUUGUGGUGUCUGCUGAACUUCGGAGGCAUCAGAAGGGGCACACAGGAGAGAGGCCCUAUAAAUGUGGGGAGUGUGGGAAAGGUUUUCUCACAGCAACACUGCUUCGGGUUCAUAUGCAGAAGUCACACCUAAUUCAACAUGGGAAACUUCACACUAGAGAAAGACGCCAUCAGUGCUCAGAAUGUGGGAAGUGUUUUGUUGAAAAGUCACACUUAAUUCAACAUCAGAGAAUUCACACUGGAGAAAAACCCCAUCAGUGCUCAGAAUGUGGAAGAUGUUUUGCUGCAAAGUCACACCUAAUUCGACAUGAGAAACUUCACACUGGAGACAGACCCUAUCAAUGCCCAGAAUGUGGGAAACAAUUUGUGGAAUCUGCUGAACUUCGGAGACACCAGAACAGACACACAGGAGAGAGGCCCUAUAAAUGUGUGGAGUGUGGGAAAAGUUUUCACACAGCAGCACUGCUUCGGGUUCAUCAGAGAAUCCAUACAGGGGAGAAGCCAUACCUGUGUGUAGAGUGUGGGAAAUGUUUUUCUCAAAAACAACACCUUGGAAGGCAUCAAAAGGUCCAUAUAAAAUGAAGCCAUAGAGAUAGUGAGGUAAUGUUUUGCUCAAAAGCGAGACAUCAGAAAACUCACAUGGAAAAAGCCGUAAUAGUCCCUGAUGGUAGAACAGUUUUUUAUAGUUGUUCAACCCUUAGAAGUUAUAAAAGGGUUCAUAAAGGGGAGGAUUAGAAACUCUCAGAGAGCAUUUUCUUAUCAACUGUCCCUUAAAAAUCACACUCUAAUCCAGAUUGGAAAGAUGCACUUUAAAUCUUUGAAGUAUGAUGUAUGGUUUGUCUGGAAAAAUAUUCUUUCAGCAUCAGUGAAUUCUUACUGGAGAGAAACUUUUAUCAGGUCUUAGAAUGUGACAGAGAUUUUUGUCUGAUCAUCAAAUCUUCAGAUGCGCAUGAAAAAUCCACAUAGGAGGAAAACCUUACAGGUGUAUAACAUGAGAAUAUUUUUCCUUGCCCAUUGGAAUAUCUUGCCUUCAGGAGAUUGUCCAUUAAAAUUGCCUCCCGGAAAUUUUCUUUGCCAAGGUAUGUUUUGUUGUAAUUUUUUAAAAUUUUACUUCU